GAAAAUGUUUAAAAAUGAAAGUGAACACUGCAAAACCAGAACAAGUAACAGAAGGGCAUCAUUGGAUUACUACAUCGCUUCUUGUAAUCGUUUUUGGAAUUUUUAUAGUAGCCGUUUUCUGGAUUAGGAAAUGUAGCUAUGUUCAACUUAUACCAAAGCAUCAAUAAAAAAGAAGAUCAGGAUAAGCAACCUGAUGUGAUAGGCCACGAAAGAUUUUAUCAAGCCAGAUCUAGAAGUACGAAAAAGAAGAAAAGAGUAACGAGAAGAACACAUAGCGCCGCCGAGUUUUCCGCUUCGACGCUAGCGGCGGCAAACAAAAGGGCUGCGUUUAGAACUAGAAGUCAAAGUUCAGAAAAUAAGAGUGACGAAGGGAAAUCCACACCACAACGAGUAGAUUCACUAGUUAAAUUAUUUUUUGGAAAACGACAACAGGGAAGCGGCCAAAAGCAUGAAUACAGCGCCCUAAAGACCGAUGGAGGAGUCGAGAAAUUUCGCGAAGAACGACAAAUUCGUAAUGGAGCGUUCAUCACGUGUAGAAAUAAUCUUGAGAACAACGAUAGAUACGAAUUAAAAACUCAAUUAGAUAUUAUCGGAUCUAGACCCGACAAACACUGGUUUAUCGUCCAAGAUAACAUUCUAGGAGCAGAAAGACUGUUAGCUUUACUACCUCUUCCGUCAAAUUGUCCCAUAAGUCCGUCCCAAGCGACAAAAGAUACACUUUUAGCUUUAUUCAGGGGAUUGCAACAUCCCUAUAUUCAUCCAAUUCUGGACAUAGAAUUUUGGGAUGCCGGCGCUGCCGUUAUAACCCCUUUAAAUCCCACCGGAAGCCUAAAAGAUUUAAUUUACGGGUCUGCGUGGCAUGAGGAUUAUGAGAAAAAGUACACGUCCAAAAGUGAAGGACUUUCGUUGAGAACAAUACAAUGUCUGGGUCGUCAAAUUUUGGAAGGUUUACUUUUCUUGAGGAAUCGAUAUUUUCCACAAUUAUAUCAUCUGCAUUCAGGUAACGUUAUAAUUCAAAACGGAGUAGCUAGAUUAGCUGGUUUAGAAAAUCCUCUACUGGGUUUGAUACCGAAACCACCAUCUGCUCCCGAAACUCUUUCUUUCGGUUACCUACUUUUUGAAAUGACAGCUGGAUACGAGCUUCCAGAACCUCCUACGCCAGCUCAUCUACAACUCGAAUUAGAAAGAGCACCAAAGGUAGCUGAAACUCUCGAUUAUAUAUUUCAAACAACCAGAACUCCAACGUUAGAUGAAUUAGUAAGGUGUGACCUUUUUCGUGGUGUGGAAUUAAGAGAGCUGAGAGGUGCCAGUAUAAUUCAAAGUACGUCUAAUUCAGAUGUCUUGGAUCUUCUAGAAUCUGUUAAAAAUCCCGUACCGCCGUCCCCUUUAAGACGUGUGCUGCAGACGAUUUAGAACCAUGGUUUGCAUGAACAUUUCUUUUGAUACGUAUCCAGAGCCGUCCUCUUGUCUGCUUUCAUCGUUUUCUUCUGUUAUAGUCCAUCUGCUUCUCGAACUUGGAUAAAAAUUAUGAAAACCAGAAAAAAGUCAAAGUACAGUUUUGUUAAUUCCAUGAAUGAUCAAACGUAAAACAGAAAAUCAAUAUUCAGAGACAAUCGUGUAAAUUAUAUAAAGUUUGCAUUAUGUUAAAUUCGUAGUUGUUAAUCUUUGCAAUAAUUCAUAGUGUUGUUUGUUUGAAAUUUAAUAAAAAUAAAACAAAUCUUCUGAAAA